AUGGGAUACGAUGAUCGGAACCGUGCCUUUUUGCAGGCCUUCAUGGGCCGCUCCACCAUGACCUUUGAAGAUGCCCAGCCUCUCUUGGCUGCCAUCAUGUCAGUUGGUGAAAGAGUUGAUCCUUCAAACGUCACCGAUGAACAAUUUUACGCCUAUCUCAACGCAGCCAAUCAAGCCAUUUCACCAUUUGAUUUCGAGAUCCGAAGCUCCCUGCCCCAGGACCCUCAAUCAGCCCAAGAGGACGCUCCACCGAAACGGAUAUGGGCGCUCGUCAACAAUACCAGUGAUCCGUUGACCCAGCUCGCUACAACGUAUACCGCGGACGAGAUUUCCUUCCUAAAGCGUCUCCUGGACUACAUGUUCCACACAAACAAUACAGUUCGAACCGAGGGAUUGUGCGCGGCACAACUACAAGCCGUGGGACUCCACAAAGCACCCGCCAAUGCGAACCCGCCUACCGAUGAACCAACGCAAACACAGAGCGCAGCAUCCCAAUCCUUGACCAUGACACAAGCAGAAAAGAUGAUCCUACACCUGAUCGAAGAGGGCUGGUUCGAAAAGAGCCGCAAGGGGUACCUGACCCUUACGCCUCGAGCCUUGAUGGAAUUGCGGGGGUGGCUGGUAAAUGAGUACAAUGACGACGGUGCGACCAAAAUCAAGUUCUGUGCUGCAUGCAAAGACCUCAUCACCGUGGGCCAACGCUGCGCCGACAUUCACUGUGGUGGCAGACUUCAUGAUCACUGCAUGCGCAACUUCUUCCGGAUGCAACAGGCGGAGCAAUGUCCUGUAUGUAAGGCGGACUGGCCCGGGGACUACUUCGUGGGUGAAAGAGCCCUUACAUCCAGCGCGAGGCCGAGCGGCGCUGCCCCAAGACGGACGCCUGUCUCAACUCGUCCCUCGGUUGAACCCUCAACACGAUCCACCCCUAGCCGACUGAUCCCCGAAGAUGAUAUGGAUGAGGACAGCGACUAG